AUGACUGAACGACCUGCCACUGGUGCGGUCUAUGAGACACUGAUCAACCUCGGUCAAGAGGUAAUGGUCGUCACAUCCGCGUAUGGCCCCAAGUACAUGAGCAGCUUGUCAACUCCAGAUGGCAAGCCGCUACCAGAGAAGCAGCUAUCCGAAGGCCUAUUUGUACACUGGGGCGAUCGAGCCCGCGCCCGCCUCGAGGCUACGACCUUCAAGCUCGACCCGCCGAAAUGGGUGCUAAUCAACCAAGUGCAGGGACCUUCAGACACGCUCGGCAUAGUCUCCAGAUGCCUCCGUCGAUAUGGAUGGGCUACGCAACAGCUUCCCACCUGGGAGGACAGGAUAACUUUCCCCAUCGGGACGUACUGCUAUUCUGCAAUCCUUGGCACACCGAACUCCAAUGGAAUCGCGAUGUUCCUUAUCACGCACAAAUUCCGCCUCAAAACAUCCACAAUAGCAUCCGUUACGGUUUACGGAUCAGGCUCCAGGAAUGGAGAGGGGCAGGAAGUUCCGAGUCUGUUGUGGUACAUCUCCAAAGAACGGUCUGUGCGUCGUUUCCGAAACGAAAACGAAGCCUAUCAAGAGAACAAUCCCGAGGACAACGACAUAACAGAGGUCCCACAUCGUCUACAGCCUCAGCCAGUUGACCCUCGUGGAGACGACUGCUGGGUUGGAGGAAUCUGCGGCUAG